AUGGAAAAUGGAGUCGACUUUGUUGCUGCUUGGCUUGCUUGUGCGAAGAUAGGUGUGAUCUCUGCUUGGAUCAAUACGAACCUUCGCAAAGAAGCCCUUGCACAAUCGUUGACAUCCUCAAGGGCUUCUGUGGUUCUCUGUUCAUCUUCACUGCAGCAAGCACUGGUAGAGAUGAUUGAAUCGGGCACAACUUCGAUGCGGCCGUUGGUAAUAUUCUCGCGAGGGAAGUCCAAACGAGCCUUACAUCAAACCAAUUCAAAGACUUCUUCAAGAACAGCCAUCUUCGCAACCCACAUCUCAACGCCGCAUGUCAUUUCAAGGUAUUUCUACAUAGCUACAGGAGGUGAGUGCGCCUUCGGAGUCAGACCAAAAACGGAUCGAAUUUACGUGUGCCUUCCUUUGUAUCACACAUCAGCCGGGGUCCUUGGUAAGCAAUCAGGCAUCAUUGGGAUUGAAAUCACUUUUACUGACCAUACUUGUGCAUAA